GAUAUGCUGUGUAUCAAUAAAAACUUGAACGAGGAUCCAUCAGAGGACACAGCCAGCCAGCGGGUUAAAGGUAGGGGCCUGGCGGUAGGGCACACACCUUUGGUGCCAGCGCUGGAGAGAGAGUUCAAAGCCACCCUGGACCACACGGGAUGGACUCAGUUUAGGAGAGAACCGGAGCCCCAGGGUGGUGGCACACCCUCAAUCCUCGUAUUUGGGCGUCACGUGAUCGCCACUCCCAGCACGACGGCGGAAGUGACGUGGCCCAGAGGGGUAUAUAAGGCGGGAAGAGACAGGAACUCGAGGACUUUUGGACUGAGGACUCCCAGGCGUCCAGUCGGAGGACUGGUGGAGUAGGGGAGGUGAGAAGUGGCUGGGGCUUGUUCGUUUGUCUCUCUGGCCCUUCAGUGUUCACCCCAGAUAUCUGGCUCCGGGUUCUUGCUAAGACCAGUUAGGAUCGGAGCACCCUCUUGGAUCGGACCUUUGGGGCACCAGUUCCCGAGAAAGCCGCAAAAGCCGCUUGCCUGUGCGGGAGCUGCAGGAGGCCGGACUGUCCACCCCACCUCCUGGGACUUUGAACACCAGGCGGCGGGCGGCGUUGGCGGUGCCAGCUUUGGUGGCACGGACGAGAGGCAGGAGAGGGCCGGCCGGUCUAGAUACCCAACCCACGAUGAGAGAGCUUCGCAUCGUACCCGCAGGGCAGCUAACCUCAUUGGAUUCUCAGCAUCUGAAGAGGACCGCACAGCCAGUGCCCAGAGUCGUGCUGAGGCACACCACCAAGAUGACUCUAAGUGAGCGUUUUGCUCAACUGCGCAAGAACAAACAGCCACAGGCGAUGGCGGGCAGCGUCCGGGCCUCGAAGAGGCGGCAGCAGCAGCUGGCCAGUGCCAGAAACAGAAGACUGGCCCAGCAGAUGGAGAAGAGACCCUCUGUCCAGGCAGCGUUCAAUCCUCGGCAGAGCUUGGAGGGGCGCCUGGGUGAGAGGAGCAUCCAAGUCCGUUUAGGACGUCCCAUGGGUGCCUUUGCCAGGGGAGCGAAUGGAGGAAGAGGCGCAGGCAUCAUCCAGAGAGACGUGCCCCAAGGAGGAGGAGUGGGUGGGGGACCUGCCGCCAGGACCCUGCCCGGGGGCGGGAUGCCACCCCCAGGUCGGGCCGUGUUUUGUGGUGGAAGAGGGGCUUUUGGAGGCCGAGGCCGAGGCCGAGGACGUGGCCGUGGCCGUGGCCACCGCCGAGGGAGAGGGAGAGGGAGAGGUGCCCUCCCUCGCCCGGUACUGACCAAGGAGCAGCUGGACGCCGAACUGGAUGCAUACAUGUCGGAAGGGAAAGCGGCCCUGGAUGCUGAAAUGGAUACCUACGACGACGUGGCAGAGGCGGCUCCUGAGACCUGUGGCUGAAGCCCGCCUCUGGGACUCUUGUUCAAGUCACCACAUCUCUGCCGAAAUCCCCUGGAGAGAAGAGGAGGAGAGACCCGACCCGUGCUGCCAGGAACUCUCACAACAGGCGCGUUUAUUCGAUGUAAUUCUUGACUGUA